AUGGUUUUAGGUGAUGAAGACAACCGUCAUUGUUGUCAAACUGGUCAUCAAUUACGAGCAAUGGCUGGUAUUAAAUUUGAAGUUUCAAAUGAAGCAUCAUUAUUCCAGUGCGAACAGAUGGCUGAUGACAGGCCAAUCGUUGUUCGAGGUACAAAGAAAAAAUGGUCGGAAUUCAAAAACGAUUAUCCUGAUUGGGAUUUCGGUAAUUCAAUCACACCAGAUGAAUUAUUUAAAUUGCGCGGUAAGUUUCUUAAUGUUUGGAGUAGAAUUGGUGAACUUCUGUGUGAAAAAUACGAUAUGGAGUUUGUAACAGAAAAUACAGCUCAAGCUACGGCAAAACCACUUCAUUAUAUAUUAUUACUUGAUGCAUCUGGAUCAAUGGAUGGCGAACCAUGGAGGAAUUUACUUGAAGGUGUUAGAGAAUUCAUUAAGAUUCGUGUUGAUUCCGGUUCAUCAGAUCGUAUAACGAUUAUCGUAUUUGACAGCCAUGCAAAGUAUGCUUACUUUAAUGAAGACAUGAAAUCAAUCGAUAUAACCAAAAUAGAGUUUACAAGUGGUGGAACAAAUUUCGGCAAUGCAUUCGAUCUGGUAAUUAAAACCAUUCGGAGUACACAACCACAGAGUUCAGCAUAUAAUCAUUUUGGCGAUUCAGAUUAUGUCAUUAUUUUUAUGAGCGACGGACAGGGAGAAUUUCCUGCUAGCCAAAUGGAAACAUUAUCAGCCAUGAAAACUAUGAUUAAUCAAUUUUGGACUGUUGCUCUCGGUAAUACAAGUAUGAGUGUUUUACAGCAGAUAAAUCAAAAAAUGGAUGGAACAUUCAAAGAGUUAAAAGACUCUACUGAUUUUGUUUGUGUUUAUGCUGAGAUUGCUCGGAAUUAA